AUGCGACCGUCGGUUGUUGUCCUGGCUCGCUCGACAUGGAAAGGCCCUCAUUUCGUGCAGUUUCCAGGUCUUCGUAUGGCUGUGGAGAAGAGCAUUCCAAUACGCACAGGAGCACGAGCCUGUACUAUUCUACCUGCGUUUGUUGGACUAAAAUUUGCAGUACAUAAUGGAAAAGAUUAUCUUACGGUGAACAUAACUGAAGAAAUGGUUGGACACAAGUUGGGCGAGUUCGCUCCUACGAGGAAGAGGUUUUCGUAUAAAUUUACGAAAAAUAAAUAA